UGUCACUCCUUCAGCUUUUGCUGGAUUUCAUCUUCAAACUCUCAGAGACGAAAACUGAGGAUCAUCAGACACUGCAAUGUCAUCUACAAUGAAACAAGCAGUUUCAGAGCUGUCUGUCCCGCUCUCAUGGGGAGAGAUCAGAGGGAGAGUAUGGGGUCCUGAUCACGGUUAUCCUGUGCUGUGCCUGCACGGCUGGGCUGACAACUGUGGCACCUUCAACACCCUCAUUCCCCUCCUGCCCCGAGAGUGCAGAUAUGUAGCAGUGGACAUGGCAGGUCACGGUUUGUCCUCCCAUCGUCCUCCUGGAGUCGACUAUGGAGUACCUACACACGUGGCGGACAUACGCAGAAUCGUUGAGGGUCUCCAGUGGAGAAAAUUCUCCAUCAUAGGCCACAGUAUGGGUGGCAACAUCGCUGGAAUGUUCAGUGCACUGUAUCCUGAGAUGGUGGAGGCCGUCAUACUGCUGGACUGUUUUGGAUUCUUGCCUGCAGAUCCAAAAGAAAUGCCCAAACUGAUGAGACAGGGGAUGGAAAAGAUGCUUCAGUUUGAAAAACAAACAGAGGUGAAGAAAAAAGUUUACACUUACGAGAAGGCAGCUGAGAGGUUGUUGGCUGUAAACCCGACUCUGCCUGAACAGUCAGUGCACAUCCUUUUAGAGCGAGGUCUAGUUCAAGUUGAGGGAGGAUUUGUGUUCUCCAGAGACAUGCGAAUUAAUUUUAAAAGCACAGCACGCAUCACUUUGGAGCAGAGUCUGGAGCUGCAGUUAAAGAUUCAAGCCUCUGUUCUUGUUGUUCUAGGAGACCAAGGUUUUGAUCCACCGAUUUCAGAAACAAACCAACAGAAAGCUUCCUCCAUACUUCUCCAAGGAUACCGUGACAGAAAUCACACGGUGGUGAUGCUACCAGGCGAUCAUCACGUCCAUCUGAGUCAUCCUGAAGUCGUUGCUCCAUUUGUUUCUGACUUCCUGCAGACCAAAGUGCUCUCACAGCAGCUGACAGCUUAGUGGACACACACAUACACACACACACGCACACUUUAUGUCUCAGUACUCUGCUCUCAUCUCUCUCAGAGCAGUCGUUAACAUAAUUCUGAUGUAUUACGUUUGAACAGUCCUAUAGUUUCUUUAGAGACUUUGAAUAAUCAUAUCUUAAUAUAUCACUGCAUUCAUUAUUGCUGAGGUUGCUGCUGAUUUAAAUUCACACUAGUUACUAAAAUUGUUUUACAUACAGAUAGAAGCAGGUCUGUUUAUCUAUUGUUCCUCCUCAUAUUAAGUUUUUAUGAAGAAAAAUAGCAGCGUGUAUAACUCCAAUAUCCUUAAACAGUACAUGGAGGUGCACAGUUGUGGAGAGGAAAACAAACAGAACACCAGCACUCACAGAUAAAUUUACUUAUUUAAUGUGGACAAAAAUGAACAGAA